UCCAAAAUAUCUGGUGUGGAAGAACUGCUGGAGGAGUUCCGUAAGCAGCUACAGCAGGAUGAGUCGGACUCGAGGGAGGAUGAGGAGGAUGGAGACCGCUGUAUCAGUGGCUUCGAGGCGGUGGAGGAGCGCAUCAUCCGCGCCAGCGCGUCCAUCGAGCAGGGCGCCGCGUUCUUGUCCGCCCCGCAGAGGGUGUUCAGCUGGAGGGACUGCGCGCACGCCUGCUGCUCUCACCCGCACUGCACAGCCGCCAUCAUCCAGGAGGACCUCAAGCAGCCCGAUGACAGUUUGCGCUGUUAUCUGUUCAACUGCACGUACAGGGGCAGGAAUGUGUGCUCGUUUUCCUUUCAGCCGGGAUUCAGCACCUAUAGUCGGGUGGACAACAGCAGCUCUAGACACCAUGAGCCCAGCCUUGAUUCUGCUGCCACUGACAGCCCAAGCACUUCAGCCGGGAGACCUUCAUACGGGAUCGAUGAGGGUGGGUUUCUCCGAUUGUAGUAAUCACGGGCCGCGUACUGAAUGGGUCGGGCU